AUGAAGCUGCUGACGGUGUUUGCACUUCUUUGUGCAAUGAUCGCUCUGGCAAGUGCUGCUAGAGAGCAUCUUGUUGUGAAGAGGUCUAGAUGUUUUCACAGAAACUGGAGAUGGACUAGAUAUGGCGACCGAUACUUCCGCUACUUUCCUCAACAAUGGACUUGGGCAGAGGCUCAAAAACACUGUGAGUCCCUGAAUGCAAACCUGGCAUCUGUACGUAACCUUGGAGAGUACCAGGUGAUUCAGAGGGUCAUAUAUAAUGGCGCUCGUGAUUACGUACCUACAUGGAUUGGAGGCUCAAAUGCUCAAGAGGACCGUUUCUGGUUUUGGAUUGGCGGAACUCGUUUCAUAUAUGCUAACUGGUGUCACGGAGAGCCCAACAAUGUUGGGGGCAGAGAGCACUGUAUACAUAUGAAUUGGACAGGAAACAAGUGUAUGAAUGACAUACCCUGUACCUACCGAUACCCAUUUGUCUGCGCCAGGAAAGUAGGACACUCUCUGGAGUGA